AUGGAAGUUUUAGCUGUGAGUUCUAACCAUAAACUAGUCUAUAGUCCAGUUAUAUUGAUAUUAGAUGUUGAUGAUAUUAAACUAGCAAAUUAUACUAUCAUAGAGUCAUCAGGUAAUCACAAGCUGACACUCACACCAAACCACCUUGUUCAUGCAAGUAAAACAAAUGACAUCUCAUCAUCUGUACCUAUAUUCGCUUCACAAGUCAAAAAAGGUGACGUGAUAUUUGUUGCUAAAUCUCCUGAUGUUAUUGAAGCAGUUGAAGUCGUUAGCACAUCUAGCAAAGUCAUCAAGGGUGCUUAUGCCCCACUGACAAGAGAAGGUACUGUGGUUGUUAAUGAUGUUGUAGCUUCUUGCUAUACUGUUGUUAAUGAUCAUCAAUUUGCUCAUGCAGCAUUUGGCCCCAUUACCAAACAGAAGCAAGGGAUUGCUUGGUAUCCUUCAAUGCUCCAGUCACUAGGUAAAGUAUUCCUGGAUGAGAGCAACUACAAGCCAAAGAAAGUUGAAGAUCUGAUCAAGAGCAGUGAUUAG